AUGGUUCGUACUGAUGUUAAUUCUACUUCCCUGGGAAACGUCCAACUUUGCCUCCUUACGAAACAGUCAGCCCCUGAUGACAUGGCGUUGCCUUAUCAUUGCGUGAUUAGAUUGAACAUCUUAUUCGAGAUCUCUGAAUUCUUUUCGUUUCUUUCCUUUUUUUCUGUCUAUUUUUCAGAAUUUUCUUUCCUUUUUGCUUCUAGACAACAUUUCAUUAUUUCUCUUUUUCUUUCUUUUUUUUCCUUCUUUCUUUCUUUCUUUCUUUCUUUCUUUCUUUCUUUCUUUCUUUCUAUCUCUUUUAGUUUCUUUCUCCUACUCAGUCCAACCUUUUCCUUCUUUUUUGUUCUGGGUGCUUUCUUUUUUCUUCUCUCCUACAAUUUUUCUUUCUUUCGUUCUUGUAAACGUCUUUCAUCUCCCGACUUUCCAAAAGAUUUCCCCAUCCGAUUCAAGUUUCCGUCUAUUCCUUCGUCCGUUCCCCUUUGCUCCCUACCAAUAAUUUCCCCCGUCUUCCUUUCCCCUCCUUACUAUCCUAUAGAAAAAAAGCCUUCUUUCUUUUCUUUUCUGUUCGUUUCAAUACCGAAUUUCUCCUACCAUCAUGGUCCCUCUUGUAUCUCGCUCCUUGUCUAUCUACGCUAUUGUACCCACCUUUUCUCCCAUUUAACAUGCCGCCUCACUAACCUCCAUCACCAUAUUCCUCCUACUACUACUCCACUUCCUCCUCCGAUCACUUUUUCUCCAUUGGCUUCUCUCCGCCAGUCUUGUAAGUCAUCGCUCUUCCUCUUUCCGUAUAAUCCCCCUUACCUCUCCUUACCUCCAAUGCCACCACAACGAAGAACCACUCCUCCCUCUAUCUCGUUCUGCCUUGCUUCCAUUUUCCUUAACAUUCCCGGAAACUUUUACACUCUUUCCCGCCUUUUGUCUUUCUCUUUCCUGGUUCAACUACUUUCACUUUCACUUUCCUUUCAUCUUCUUGUUUUAUUUUCUAUACGAAAUGCGUUUGCAAAUAUCACUUCAGUUAUGGGAGAAGAGUCUCUUAGCUUAAUUCUCACUAUCUCUCUCUCAUUCACCCUUUCUUUCUCUUUAUCACCUUCUCUCUUCAUCAAAACAAUUUGUAAUCUAUCUAUCUAUCUAUCUAUCUAUCUAUCUAUCUAUCUAUCUAUCUAUCUAUCUAUCUAUCUAUCUAUCUAUCUAUUCAUCCACAAUACACGCACACACACACGCACACACACACGCUUACACACACACAUAUAUAUAUAUAGAGAGAGAGGGGGGGAGAGAAAGAGAGAGAGGUGGGAGAGAGAGAGAAAAAGACAAAGAGAAAACCUGUGCACAUUUACAUCUUUCGCAUUCUUUCUUCUUCUUCUUCUUCUUCUUCUUCUUCUUCUUCUUCUUCUUCUUCUUCUUCUUCUUUUUAUAUCUAUCUACCUAGCUAGCUAUUUUCCCAAACAGGAUACACCCGCUGGCCCAUCACCUUCUCCAGUCUCCCAGAUUUCGAUUCAACUUCCUGCUUCUCAGCUUCGACAUCUAUCUAUCUAUCUAUCUAUCUAUCUAUCUAUCUAUCUAUCUAUUUCUUUCUUUCUUUCUUUUCUUUCUUUCUUUCUUUCUUUCUAUAGUCUGUUAACGUCUUUCUGUCACUUUCUAUCACUUUUUUAUUUUUCUUUCUCUCUUUCUCCUUAUCUAUCUAUCUAUCUAUCUAUCUAUCUAUCUAUCUAUUUCUUCCUUUCUUACUUACUUUAUUUAUUUCUUUCUUUCUUUCUUUCUUUCUUUCUUUCUAUAGAAUUUAAGAGAGAUGAGAAAUGUUUACCUGCUUAUCUAUCUAUCUAUCUAUCUAUCUAUCUAUCUAUCUAUCUAUCUAUCUUAAUUAUCUAUCUAUCUAUCUAUAUAUCAUCUAUCUAUCUAUCUAUCUAUCUAUCUAUCUAUCUAUCUAUCUAUUUAUCUAUCUAUCUAUCUAUCUUAAGAACGAAUAAAGAAGCAUUGGGGAGGGUGCAAGAGAGCGAACGAGAGAUAAAGAAAAACGGAAAGAUUAUCUAUCUAUCUAUCUAUCUAUCUAUCUAUCUAUCUAUCUAUCUAUCUAUCUAUCUAUCUAUCUAUCUAUCUAUCUCAGUCUGUUCACUAUCUAUCUAUCUAUCUAUCUAUCUAUCUAUCUAUCACUAA